AUGAUGUUGAAAGCCCGACGCGAGUACACCAAUGCGCUUUCAGAGACCAACCGGGCAUUGGCUAGUAUCGCCAUGUCCAAGCGAGAUGACACCUUGGCGGCAGUCGUCUUACUGGGCAUGUUUGAAGUUAUUACUUGCUCUGACGGCUCCUUCAUUGACCGUUGGAUGAAGCAUAUGGAAGGCGCCACAAAAUUGAUAGAAUUUCGAGGUGUGGACCAAUUGGUCCGCCGGGAAGGGCUAGACUUGUUCACCCAAUUGCGCGCACAAAUACAUAUUGGCAAGAUCUACCAGGAAAGAUACAGUUCGCCGCUUCUGUUUCAGCUCUCAGAGAAUGCGAUGAGAUACCGAAACUCAAACGACCACAUUGUUGACCAACUGGGCCUCGAAGUCAUUCGCUUGAGUAAUUUCUGCGCUUCGAUGAAGGAUGGAAGCGUUACGGACCCUGGCGAGAUCAUUCGUACUGCCUUGACCAUCGAUGCAAAUCUCACAUCACUUUUCAUCAGCGUGCCUCUCGCAUGGAGCUACAGAACCGUCAAAGUUCCACUGUUCAAUGGGGAAGCCAUCACCAAAGCCGUCUGGGGAGAUAAUUACCAUAUAUAUGAAAGCCUUGCAUCAAGUAGCAUGUGGAAUAAUUACCGAUCAGCAAGGAUUCUGGUGCACGAACUGAUCAUCGAUGCUGUGAAGACACUUGAAGCAUCUACCUUGGAAGAUACUGACCGUCGCCGACAGCGUGCAUUGGAUAGUCAAAGCCGACUUGUUGCACAUCAGCUGGUAGAAGAUAUAUGCGCCAGUGUUCCUUUUAAUCUUGGUGCAGGGAUAGAAGCCAAUGAAGAAAGCGACGUUGAGGAUUCCGCCCCACUCAAAGUGACAGGGGCGGGCGGAUUCAGCCUGAUGUGGCCGCUGUUGAUUGCUGGGAACUCUGGCCUUGCCUGUCAGGACCUUCGCCAGUGGAUUAUCAACUGCUUAGAGAAGAUUGGCCAUUCUAUGGGCAUCAAUCAAGCUUUGGCAAUGGCACAUCUCUUGCGGCGAGGAAUGCGUUCCCGAGCAUGGUUGUCGCAAGAGGGUACACCAAGCAGUGAUGACCAUAUAGAAAUUUGA